AUGCCGACCGGGAUUGAAACCCGUGACUCGGGGUCGGCGGCCCAUUUGGCCAGCAGCGAGGCCGGCAUCGCCGCGCCGUACGGGCGGGCGUGUACCAACUGCUCCCGGGCCAAGUGCAAAUGCAUCCUCCGCCCUGUCGGCGGGGCGUGCGAGCGCUGCCACCGUCUCAGCAAGACGUGUCAGCCGAGUAACCCGAUCCGCAGGCGCUCCAAGAAGCCGCCUUCCAGCAGGACGGCCCAGCUGGAAGAGAAGCUCGACGGGCUCGUCACGUUGCUGCGCCAAUCGGGCCGUCCGGAUCUCCCUGCCGACCUCGGCGUCGACUUCAACAUCCCCGGCGUCAUCCCCUCGUCAUCAUCGACGGCGACGGCGAAGGCGGUCAGGGAGCCAUCUUCGGACAUGCGCCGCAGCAGUGAGUUCUUCUCGGCGUCGUCCCGCGGAGACGGCGGCAACGAUCGCACGAGAGCGGACUCGUUGCCAACGCCGACGCAGACCGCGAGCCCCGAGGGGCCGGGGUACGGUGACGAGCUGCCGUCCCCGGACGAGGCGGAGGCGCUGUUCGAGGCCUUCCGGGGCCAGAACCUGAAGUACUUCCCCUUUCUGAAUUUCAGGGCCACCAUGACGGCGCAGGAGCUCCGGGCCGAGCGGCCGUUCCUGUGGAUCUGCAUCAUGACGGUUGCGUCGAGGGUGUCGAGCCAGCAGCUCGCGCUGGGCCAGCGGGUGCGGCAGAUUGUGAGUCAAAAGCUGGUCGUCGAGAACGAGCGGAGCAUCGAUUACCUGCUCGGACUGUUGGUUAUUCUGGGAUGGUCAGUUGCGUUCGUUCCACCGCCCCCUCAUCAUAGAGUAAUGCCCCUAUACGGGUUUGCUGACCUUUUUCUUUUUUGGACAUCUAGGGCGAACCACCAGCUUGGUAACAAGCCUUUCAUGUGCCUGUUUUGCCAGAUUGCCAUCGGCCUCAUCUUUGACUUGGGCAUAUCCCGCGAUCCCCUGGACGGCCUGAACCCCUUUCUCUGCUGGAAGGCCGCUCAGGAGAGGGCCACCCAGGAGAAGACCGGGGUGGUCUGCCCGACUCUCUACGUCAAGUCGCAGAUGCCGCGGACAAUGGAGCAAAGGAGGGCGGUCGUUGCGGGCUACCUGGUCACCUCGGCUGUCGCAAGCUUCCUGGGAAAGAUGGACCCCCUACGCUGGACGUCGCACAUGGACGAGUGUCUCCAGAUCCUCGACGAGCAGCCAGAAACCCCCUCGGACCGUAGUCUCGCUGCGCUCGUCAAGAUGCAGCUGCUCAAGGACGAGGCCGGCAAGCUGUCAUCACGUUCCGACGCGAUGCUGGAGGCGAUGGACGGCCCAAAGACACCUAUGGCCAUGUACGUCAAGGUACUGCAGACGCAGCUGCAGCGCAUCAUCCAGAGUCUACCCUCGGAGCUGCAAAGCACAGACAGCAUCAUCGCCCAACUCCACUGCACGGAGCUCGCCAUCCAAGAGACGGCCCUCUCGACGAAGUCGGGCGCCUGCGUCCCCGCCAACCUGCCCGACGUCGCCCGCCUCGACAUCUUCUACGCAUGCUUGCAAGCCGUCAAGGCCUGGUUCGACCACUUCUUCACCCUCCCGCCAGCGGCCUAUUUCUCGAUCCCUUUCCUCUGCUUCGCGCAGCUGAGCCACUGCACCGUCGCGCUGUACCGCCUCUCGGUGCUCGAGGACCCGGUCUGGGACCGCGCGAGCGUACGCUCCACCAUCGACCUCAUUGCGACGCUUGACGAGGUCGGCGACCGCUUCGGCCGGGUGUGCGCCGAGGUCGGGCUCGACGUUGACGUCGAGGACGGCAAUGCCUUCACCAAAGCCGUCAAGACGAUCAAGGGUCUCAGGAGCACAUGGGAGGCGGCUAUGGCGCCGUUGGCGAAGGCGGAUCCGGCGGCGGCAGGUGGCGCGGGUCCGGGUAUGCUUACGGCCGGAGGGGUGCCGAUGCCGGCUGGGGUAGGGGAGGUCGACAUGGGACAGUUGGGGUUGGAAAUGAUGGACAAUCGGUGGUUUACCGACAUCUUUACGCCGUUUGACUUUUGA